GGGAGCUGAUGAGUAGUUGAAUACGCUGCAACGCAACGCAGCCGGCAGUCAGUAACUCGAGAGCGGUCGUAUCACUCGUUCAUUAUUACUUGGAAUUGAAAUCUUCAAAAUGUCCAGUUACAAGCUGAUUUAUUUCAAUGUUACCGGAUUGGGUGAGCCAAUCAGGUUUCUCCUCCACCAAAGCGGCAUCGCGUACGAAGAAAAACUUUUGACCUUCGAUGACUGGAAGCCUGAAGUUAAAGCCGCGAUGCCAUUGGGUCAAGUACCCGUUUUGGAGAUCGAUGGAAAGCCUUACGUUCAAUCGAAGGCUAUCGGUCGCCUUAUCGCGAAGAGAAAUAAUCUUUAUGGUGCGAAUGACGUUGAAGCUUACGAAAUUGACGCCACCAUCGAUUUCUUUGAGGAUUUAAGACUAGCUGUCAGCAGUUACCACUGGGCAGAAAAUGACGUAAUAAAGAAGCACUGGAAGACCCAGCUCGACACCAAACUUCCCUUCACCCUUCAGAAGCUCGACGCACAGAUAAAAAAGAAUGGAGGAUUCUUAGUGGCUGGAAAGCUUACGUGGGCAGAUCUUUUGGUUGUUGCUCAGCUGGAAUUGAUCGAUAACAACCUGGGGACCGAAGUUGAGAAAGAUUACCCUGAAUUGAAGAAGCUGAAGGAGAAAGUUAGGUCACUACCAAAGAUUAAAGCGUAUCUUAAUAACCGAGCCAAGCUGUUGUACUAAAUAUUAAACUGUUUUCGAUACAUUAUCACAAAAUAAACUUGUAAUCAGUUACAUGACUCGGCAUGAAUUAUCAAAGAAUUCCUUUAUUUUGUUACGAUUAAUUCGCACAUGAUUCACCAGAUUUAAUUUCAAUCGACUUUUUGUACUCGAUGCGCUUGUAACUAAGUAAAGAAGGUAAAGUUGUACUAGAAUAAAUAAUAUUUAGCACUCA